AUGAGUUCCUUCUCAUUCGGGGAUCUCCCCACCAUUCAAACCCGGAAAGCCUUGCUAUUGCUUGACUUUCAGAAUGAUUUUGUCCGUCCGUCCGGGGCUUUAUAUGUUCCCAACACUCCGGAUAUAAUCGAAUCUCUCCCGCAGCUAGCAUCGGCUUUCCGUGAAACCGGCGACGUAAUUUGGGUACGUUCACAAUAUGAAUCCCCUCAGACCAUCGUUGAUUGGGACUUCGGGGACCGCAUUGUGUUGGAUAGAGAGCCCUCGCGGAGAAAGCAGAUGCCCAGCUCAGAUAUAAUUGAAGUGGGAUCAGAGCGUGAUUCGCCAGAACCUGUCGACCCAGAAGCUUUUCUCUCUGCCAACGUUUCACCAUGCGGUGGCCCACAGGCUCCCGGAUAUCAAUUCCCCGCACCGAUCUUGGCCGCCGUCAAUAUCCAACAUGAUACUGUGAUGGAUAAAACAGGGUACUCUGCUCUAGAGUCACCUGGCCUUGUGCUUUCCUUUAGGACGCGCUUUGUGACGGAGCUAUAUCUCUGUGGGUCGCUUUCCAAUGUGUCUGUGUUUGCAACCGCUUUGGAUGCUGUCCGUAAUGGCUUUUCGGUAACUCUUGUCGAGGAUUGCUUGGGAUUCCGCGAUUUUGGACGACAUCAAGAGGCAAUGCGACGAAUGGCAGAUAUCUUAGGCGCAACUGGUCUCACCUCUCGAGAACUCAUUCAGGAGCUAGAGUGGGGUGAGACCGAGGCAAUUGCCUGUCAAGGUGCACGGCAGCCGGAGGCGAUAGCAGAUUCUACUGAUCUCGAGAGCAUCAUGGAUGGUCUCGAAUUCUGGAACACUGCGGACAUUUCUUCGAAAGAUGAGUCUCUCGACGCAGAAGAUACCCGCCUUCCAGGGCUCUCUUCAAUUUCCCGUACACAGCGCCACCCUGCCGCGCAGGCGCGGGGCCCAGUGGAAGAUCAAAAGAAAGUGCGUGUGCGAACCCGCCGUCCGAAGCGACAAGAUGCACACAAAGACUCUCCAACUAGACCGCGUACUGAAGCCGGCGGGGUGACAAAAUCGAAUACAUCCCAUACCAACAUCGGGGAGGGCGAUUCGCGCCUUGCUCUCAAUCUCAAUUUAGCCCCCGACUGCUUUGAGCGUAUACAUACAGAGGUAGAUUGGCAAAAGAUGUACCACCUGUCAGGCCAGGUCCCCCGAUUAGUUGCAGUUCAAGGCCAGCCUCGACCCGAUGGAGCUAUACCCAUAUAUCGUCAUCCAGCGGAUGAAUCUCCGCCUUUCAAGUCAUUCACUCCUGCGGUUGAUGAAGUGCGUGUGGCUGUGGAGCAGGAACUAGGCCAUCCCUUGAAUCAUGUGCUUAUCCAGCUUUACCGUGAUGGUCAGGAUCGCAUUUCGGAGCACUCAGAUAAGACACUAGACAUUGUCCGGGGAUCCUUCAUUUGUAACGUCAGUUUAGGCGCUGAGCGCGUUAUGGUUCUUCGUACCAAGGCCUCGGCAUCUAACACCGAAGGACGAAUGGAACCAGGUCGGACAACGCAGCGCGUCUCUCUUCCUCACAAGUCACUUUUUGUUCUCGGCCUCAAAACGAACAUGCGAUGGCUCCAUGGUAUCCGCGCCGACAAACGGCCUGACGCGCUAAAACCUAAGGAGGCGCAAGCCUACGGAGGUCAGCGUAUCUCUCUUACUUUCCGACAUAUCGGCACUUUUAUCAACCCUUCGGUCAACACGAUCUGGGGCCAAGGUGCUGUCUGUAAGAUAUCGGACCAGGCCCGUGCAGUGAUCCAUGGGGAUACCAUCCAAACAGAACGCCUCAUUGCUGCUUUUGGCCAGGAAAAUCGCGAGACUGAAUUUGAUUGGGAUGCUGUGUAUGGCGGGGGCUUUGAUGUGGUCAACUUUGUCACUGCCUCAACUGGGCAGCUGGUACCUAGCGGAGAUCCUGUGGCUGAUCUGCGCGUGCGACUUUGCUUAGGAGAAAAUGGCAUCCGAUACCAAUUGGCCAACCACCAUGAGCAACUGGGUGCUAAAAAUAGUGAUCUAAUGACAUUACCGGCAUAUGAAGCCCCUGAUGGGUCAACGGUCGCAGGCGACGCUAGUAUCUUAGCCCAUAUGACCAAUCAAGCUGCUGGUGCGACACGGUCAGGCGCAGAGGUGUUACGUGGAGGUAGUUACUUAUCAAUGAUUGAUGUGUUUCUAACCCGCUGGCGUGAGCAUCGAGCCACAAUUCCAGCCGCAGGAUUCGAAUGGGGAUUCGAUGACUGGGAGCAUAUUCUACGGGGACAGCAUUACCUUGCAGGCUCUGUGUUUACCAUCGAUGAUUGUUCUCUGUGGCCAGUUCUGCGGGAGAUUGUCGAAAUCCAGGGUCCAUUUGAUGCUCGAUUCGCGAGCAUGAACCAAUAUUACCAGCGAGUCGGGAAUCGGGGUAUUGUUCGGUCUAUCCUGGAAGAAUAA